AUGACCUCAAAAGAUUCAACCCCAUCGGGUUUACCCGAAAGCUUGUUUUUCGAUGAGCAAAAGCUCAAAAAUGCGGAAAACCCUGAAAAACAAGAAUUAUACCUCUUUAACUGGCUGGCAAACUUGGAAAGAGAGCUGAAAAAGAUUAAUAAGGAGACACUUAAAGAUAAUCAAGCCAAUCUCGAGAAGCAAUUACUUAGGUUCAUUUCACUUUCCUCUCCAAAACCUCAUCGCCCCAUUCGACAAAUUAUUGCGAGAUGUUUUAUAUUCAUAUAUGAGAAUGGUGAUACGCGAACGUUGUUUGAUACUAUUACUGCGUUACAAAGCUUAAUUGGCACAGGGAAAGGAAUUGGAGAAAAAGAGACGAAACUGGCUGCUUUACAUUGUAUUGGACAUAUUAUGAAAUCAGUCGGUGAUAAAGUUUUAUCACUCUUGCCUGAAACUGUUAAUAUAUGUUUGAAGACCAUAAAGAAUACAACGAAUGCCCUAAUAGUUCGGCUGGAGGCUAUAUAUACGAUAACACGAGCUUUGGAAGGGGCUGGUAAGGGUUCAUCUGAACCCGUUAUUAAAGAUAUCACCAAAUGCUUGAAACUUAGUUUAACCGACAAAGCUCUGAUUAUAAGAGUUGCUUCAGUUGAGUGUAUGCGAGCCAUUAUUAAAUAUGCACCUCAAUCGGCUCCUACUGGUGAAUUGGACUUGAUGUUAAAUCAAAUGUUUAAAGUGCUGGACGGCUCUAAUCAAACAAUACGUCGUGCUGUUGCAUCUUUUAUUGCAACUUUAUUAGCCGACACACAAGAAGAUUCUGAUAGUUUAAUGCCAACCUCAACUUCAUCUAAUAUCACUUCUUCGAAAGGAAAAUCAUCUGGACCGAAUAACCAGAACACUACUUUAACGCCAGAGAGUCCAACUUCAGCUCUACCUCCUGAAUCUUCCAAAUCGCCGUUUAUAUCCCCGAACGAAAUGUUAUCACAUCUCUCUACAUUCUAUAAUAAAUCUGCGACAACACGUGAAAUGCGUGCAGCCAUUGUUGAAACAUAUUCUACGUUAUUUAUACAACUAGGAACAAAAUAUGUUGAAUCCAAUUAUGCGACUAUAGCCCAACAUUUAUUGGGUGAUCUUGUUUCAAACACGAGAAAUGCAUCUUCUCGUUACGAAGUGCUCAGUGUUCGUGAGCAUUGCGGAUUAUUACUGCGAGAUGUCAUCGGAACACGAUUACUCAGUGAACAAGGCCAAGUAUUUGCUGUUCGAGAAUUAGUGAAUGGUUGGGUCAAAAAAUGGCCAGCAAUAAUGCCUAAUGAUAUAGAGCCUAACAAAUUGGCUCUUGUAUGUGCUGUUAACGAAAUAUCAGGAUUAUUAUUGGAUUUAGGUGGUGCUGCCAGUACAGUUCAGGAUGUUCUAAUAGAACCUUUAAUAACACUUCUCGGUCAUCCUAGUUAUUCUGUUCAGAUUUCAACUGCUUGGUGUCUUCGAUGUUUAUGCUUUUCAUUACCAUCCAAACUAUCUGAGCUUAUUACAAACGUCUUGGAUCAUCUUAACAAAGACUUGAAAGACUUGAACACUUUUAUCGGUCCAUCGACACCUUUGGAUUUAUUUAAACGGACUUUAGGUCAUGCACAUGGUUUAGCUGCUCUAAUGAGUGUCAUUCGAGAUAGACCACUUGAUGUAGAUUUUGAAGUGAGCGCGCGUGUUUUCUCUCUAUCUACGCAACUCAUCAAAGCAAGCUCUAAUAGAGAGUUGCGGGUGGCAAGUUUACAUAUUCAAGUGGCAUGGACUUUAAUUGGCUCUCUUAUGUGCUUGGGACCGAACUUUGUAAAGCUUCAUUUACCCCAGCUACUGUUGCUUUGGAAAACAGUUUUACCGAAGCCAUCCUCAAAAGAAACACAUCCAAAUCAUACUGAAUUAGAAUGGACUUUUAUGUUCCAUGUCCGUGAAUGCGUCUUGAGUGCAAUGUUAUGCUUUUUAUUGCACAAUGCUAAAUUAGUGACUGCUGAUGUAGCAAAACGACUUGUUGCGUUACUGAACAAUACCCUCACUUUUAUUAGUCUGAUUCCUUCAUCAUUUCAAAAUCCUCAGCCUAAUUCCUUACCUUUACCGUCUUCCUUAAAAUUUUCCGAGCGUGAUAAUAUGCUACGUCGUAGAAUAUUCCAGUGUUUUGUUGCUAUUCGACCAGUGUCAGCCUAUGAAAAUUUAUCGUCGCAAUUAUUGCAGAUGAGUCUAUCUAAUUUUGCGGAUCCCGAGAAACAUGUUGGAUCGACUAUCACAGCUGCAAUUGCGGCAGUUUCUGGCAGCUUCACUAGUGUUUGGACGGCGAGUGAUGAAUAUGCAUUUGGAGUUUCAAGUAAACUACGAGGAAUGGAUAUUGAUUUCCGGAAUAUUGAUGGUAAUCCAGAUGACAAUGUUGGAACAAGUAGGGAUUGGCUUAAUAGAGAUCUAGUGGAAAGUAAAGUUGAAAGUCAGCUUGAACAGCCAGUGUUGGGUGCUCCCGAACAUGAUUCACUGAUGAUUUACACCACUUACUGGUCAUCAUCUUUUUCGACAUUUCAAUUGCCUAAACCUGUGCCACCAGCUACCGUUUUGGUCGAUUCAAGCAUUGAAUUUUUUGCUACAGUUUUUCCACUUCAAAAUGCAGCUGUUCAGGAAUCUCUUUUUGAACAGCUGAUAAAAGUAGUUAGACAUCCAAAGUUAGAAAAAAGUCCUGGGCGAAAAAUGGCAGUUCAAGUUAACAUGGUGAUUGGAUUAUUAGGCACUUUUAAAGUUAUCAUGUCGGCAUCGAGUAGGCGUGGUGAUAGUGGCACUCCAAUGAUUGCUCACAAGAAAGUCGGCGCAUUAGCUAUGGAGCUUUUACAGGCAGCUAUUGUCCAUCCGGAUCCAUAUCUACGAAAUGCAGCCAGUGAUGCAUUAGGUCGCUUGAUAAGUAUUGUAGGUGGCAAUCUAAUUCCGACACAGAUUCAACUUUUAGUCGAUCAAGUUGUGAAUAAUCGUGAUCCUGAUACAAGGGCCGGAAGUGCUUUGGCCUUAGGAAACAUUUAUAGCCAUGUCGGUGGGAUGGCAGCGGGAAAUCACCUAAAGACAUUAGUUGGGAUAUUGCUUUCCUUAAGUAAAGAUCCUCAUCCCGUAGUUCAUUUUUGGGCGUUAUAUGCACUCGCCAAAACUAUCGAAUCAGCUGGCUUAAUGUUCUCGCAGUAUGUUAGUAGUACAAUCGCUACUAUUGCUAAACUAUAUAUGGCUGAAACACAUGAACCUGGUGGAGGGUCAGUCGCAACGACGAACGUUGGAUUAGGAUUAUCAGCUUAUCAACAAUUUGGAAAAAUAAUAUUCGGUCUUAUUGGCACGCUCGGACCAGAAUUACAAGCUCAUUCCAUAGUCCGAGAUCUUUGUCUUAAUUUGACCGGAGAAUUAAAGAAUGAUGAUGAACAGCUUGUUAUAGUGGAAUCUAUUCGUUGUCUACAGCAUUUCAUUAUGUUUGCUCAUCAAUAUGUAGAUUUACCUGACCUGAUUAGAUUUUUGCAAUCGCAACUUUCUAGUAUGCAUUUGCCUCUAAAGAAAGUUGCAGUCACAUGCCUAUAUCAAUUAGUACAACGUAAUGCCAGACACGUAUUUGAAAUGGCUUCACCUGGUCUCGAUCAACAAUUAUUCUCUUUACUGGACACUGAUCCAACCGUGGAUGGAGUCAAGGAUAUUGUAAUAAGUUGGCUAAAUCAGACUGCCAUUGAAACUCCAUCCAUUUGGGUAGAAUUAUGUAGAAAAGUGAUGUCAAAAACAGGAUCAGUGGCAAGCGCUGGUGCACCGGUUCAACCUCCUUCUUUAGAUAUAGGCAGGGGAGAUGAUGACAUUAUUGAUGAGGAGGGUGACGGAUUUGAUAUUGGACAAACUAUUGCUAUACCUCCAAAGCAUCGUAAUCUAGAAAAGACAACAGCAUCAGACGCAGUCCAAAUCCCUCCGCGAUGGAGAACGCAAUUCUUUGCUUUGCGGUGUCUUCAUCAAGUUGUUGAAGCAAUUUAUGUAAAUGGCAAUAAAGAUCAUUUUAAUUUAGCAAAAGCGAAGGAAGGUAAAAGAGAAGGAAAGGAUUAUUUGGUCCUGAGGAUUGCUGAUCUCAUUAAAAUGGCGUUUACGGCAUCAACCGCUGUUGUUAGUGAAAUGCGGUUAGAAGGACUUACUGUACUUCGAGAUGUUAUUGAGAAAUUUGCUGCUACUCCCGAUCCUGAUUACGAAGAAGCUGUUCUAUUAGAACAAUAUCAGGCUCAGAUCGGAGCAGCUCUAACUCCCGCUUUCUCAGGUGAUACAUCACCGGAAAUUCUUUCAGCUGCCGUAAAAGUUUGUGCAGUAUUUGUCGGUAGUGGAAUUGUUAAAGAACUUUAUCGAAUGGGUCGCAUUUUGAAAUUAUUGACCACCGCACUGGAAAACUCUAAAGAAGAUUCGAGUAUCACUACUGUGGCAGGUGUCAAAGAUUUGAGUCCACAUGCAUCUAUAAUGGUUAAACUCUCAGUUUUAAAUGCAUGGGCUGAACUUCAAGUCGCCAGCACCAAACAAUCGUAUCUAGUCCAAGUUGUCGAACCAAAUCUUCGAUUACUAUGUCCUUUGUGGGUAGGUGCAUUGCGAGAUUAUGCACGAGUGCAAGUUGAACCCGAAAUCGAGUCACAAGCGAAUUCAAAUGCAAGUACUAUACCUAAUGCUCAAAAUGAUGGUUUUGAUUCAAUGUAUAUUGGUCUGACGAGAGAAGUUAUUUUGCCGUAUUACAACAGAUCUUGGUUAAAAAUACUCGCGGCUAUUGCAAGUCUUGUCGAUGUCAAUAAUAAUCUAAUUAUAAGUGCAAUUAACGGCGAUAAUUGUGUUGAGGAUAAAAAGAUACCUGAUAAUAAAGAUAACCAAGAAAACUUUGAUGACUUUUUAGCUUUUGAGAACGAGUCAAAGACUAUUGGUUCAUCAGAUAAAGACAUUAUUGAGAAUACGAAAUCAAAUGAUACUACAAAAUAUUUUUAUAUUCUAUUUGGACUUUGUGUCGAAGCUUUAUCUAAAACAUUCGGUGGAAGUAACAAUAGUAGAGAGGAUCAAAUCGUUGUUCUGACAUGCCUUGAUGCAUUAAAAGCUUUAUUGCGACCGGUAUCUGCGGGUCGUGCCUUCCUUGAAAAACCUAUCUUCAUCGAAUUAAUUAAUUUAUUGGAUCGACUAGCGCUUACGGAAGGAUUUAAAGCUCAAUAUGUGAUUAUUCAAAUUAUAAAAGAAAUGAUAACUUUUUAUGGUCCUGAUUAUUUAUGCAAUGAUUUGAAGAGUAUAAGAAAUCAACCUAACGGUCAUUUGCAAAAUAAGAUUUUGACUAAAGAAAAAUCAGACACCAAAAUAUAUCACAUUCUACGAUUGCUCACCAAUAUAUUUUUCCAGAAAAUUCCUUCCUUGUCAUCACGAUCGACUGCUAUGAGAGUAUUUCGGGCUCAAGCAAACACAAGAGCUCAACCUUCCCAAGAAACCAUACUAGUAUUGAAAAAUUCAUUGGAAGCACUGACUUCGCUCAUUUCCAUUGUACCUUCUAAAUACAAAAUUGACUUAAGUGCCAUUGUAUUCUAUAUUUUCAUAUCUAUCAUUCAUGAUGAAAAGUUUCAGAAUGAUCUUGUGCCUCAUGUGUUAGUAAAUGUAAAGACUUUAUGCGAAAAUCUUGAGGCUACUAUUGAAGAUGAAGAUUUGCAAGGAUUUUCUCGUGUAAUUGAUUCGACUAUCAUGUCGUUGCUUUCUCGGAUUCAAUCAUUCCUUUUGAAUGGCACAAUUCAACCUGAACUAUCUGAAGAUGACGUUUCAAUUGUAAAGAACAGUCUCUUGGCAAUAGUUUUAGUGUUAUCGACAUGUACCAAGGCAAAUUUUAAUGUAGCCCUACAAAAUGAUUUCACCGAGAUUCUAAAAAAUGGAUAUUAUUGGGAAAAACUACCGAUUGCGAUUACAUCUUUGCAAUGUACUCGCACUUUGGUAAUGCUUGCAACGAAAAACACAAAUCCAAUCACGGUGGAAGUCAGUCACCACUUUACUAAAUCCCUAAUGCCACAAGUAGCAUUAUUUCUACAUAGUAUCAAAGAAUCAGUUUCAAAUCUGACACGAUCACAUCCGAAAUUCACAGUAAUCGAAGAAGCAAUAAAGACAUUGCUUGCUUUGUAUACAGCCGCGGCCGAAGAACACAAGUCAACAGUACUUGCUACAAUUUUGUCAACUCUCGUUCACUUACUCGAAGAACCGCCACUUGAGAACCCUCUACCACCGCUUCACUCAAUAGCUAUCUCACAUGUUUUCUUUUUGGCCACGAAUUAUCAGUCAGCAUUUAAAGACGUACUUUCUACUCAUCCUCCGCCGAUUAAAUCUAAACUCGAGGCAUGUAUUCGAUUCAAUGUGUUAGAGCAGCAGCAGCAACAACGACAAUUACAGGAAGAGCGAGAAAGAGAAUUGGCUGAAAGAAAUGAGUUGACCAAAGCACCAACUAUUUCUUUGAGAAGCGAUUUUACGGGAUUUGCGUAA